AAGAAAUGUACGUUUUCGUCAUGCACUUAAUAUAUUCAUUUAUGUGAAGAAGAACAAAACAAUAUUCAGAAGAAGAAGAAGAGCAGAGCAUCAAUGGCGGAGAAGCCGAGCAAAAUGAUUGUGGCCGUGAAUCCGAAGCCAAACAGAGGUCUGACUUCGAAGCUCAUUGACUGCUUCGAGACUGUCAUCGUCAAGCUCUUCUACCGCUCUUCUCAGUCUCACCAUUAUCUCUCCGGUACCUUCGCCCCAGUUCGCCACGAAACCCCUCCCACCGCCGACCUUCCCGUCUCCGGUUCUCUUCCUGAAUGCUUAAAUGGAGAGUUUGUUCGGGUGGGUCCCAACCCCAAGUUAGACCCAGUUGCUGGAUAUCAUUGGUUUGAUGGUGAUGGUAUGGUUCAUGGUGUGCGCAUCAAAGAUGGAAAAGCAACAUAUGUCUCCCGUUAUGUGAAAACAUCGCGUCUUCAACAAGAAGAGUAUUUUGGAGGUGCUAAAUUUUUGAAGAUUGGAGACCUUAAAGGGCUUUUUGGAUUACUCAUGUUUAACAUGCAAACGCUGAGAAGAAUGCUCAAAGUAUUAGAUCUUUCAUAUGGAUCUGGAACAGCUAAUACAGCUCUUGUAUAUCACAGCGGAAAACUUCUAGCACUUCAUGAAGGGGACAAACCUUAUGUCCUUAAAGUCUUGGAAGAUGGAGAUCUGCAAACACUUGGCAUGCUUGAUUAUGACAAGAGAUUGCAACAUCCAUUCACGGCCCAUCCAAAGGUUGACCCAUUUACUGGAGAGAUGUUCUCGUUUGGUUAUGCAACAACCCCUCCAUAUGUCACUUACAGAAUCAUUUCAAAGGAUGGCUUCAUGCAUGAUCCAGUGCCUCUAACAAUAUCGGACCCCGUAAUGAUGCACGACUUCGCCAUUACUGAGAAUUAUGCUAUUUUCAUGGAUCUUCCUUUGAUUAUGAAGCCAAAGGAAAUGGUGACAGAAAACAGGCUGAUAUACUCAUUUGACGCGAAUAAAAAAGCUCGCUUCGGUGUGCUUCCUCGGUACGCAAAGGAUGAGCUUUUAAUCAAAUGGUUUGAGCUUCCAAAUUGCUUCAUAUUUCAUAAUGCGACUGCAUGGGAGGAGGAAGAUGAAGUUGUUCUAAUCACUUGCCGCGUCGAUAAUCUAGAUUUAGACGCGGGCGGUGGAACUGUCAAAGAAAAUCUCGAGCAUUCCCGAACUGAACUGUAUGAGAUGAGAUUCAACAUGAAGACUGGUCUAGCAUCACAGAGAAAACUCUCCGCAUCAGCUGUAGAUUUUCCCAGGGUGAAUGAGAGCUACACUGGCAGGAAACAGCGUUAUGUGUAUGGAACCAAACUGGGAAGCAUCGGAAAAAUCACAGGCAUUGUCAAAUUUGAUCUACAUUCCGAACCAGAUAGUGACAAAACAUGUCUUGAGGUUGGUGGGACUGUUCAAGGCCUCUAUGACCUGGGACCCAACCGAUGCGGUUCCGAGGCUGUGUUUGUUCCCAAGGUGCCUGGGGUCACUUCUGAAGAAGAUGAUGGCUACUUGAUAUUCUUUGUGCAUGAUGAGAAAUCCGGAAAAUCAGCAGUGCAUGUUAUUGAUGCAAAAACAAUGUCACCAGAUCCCGUUGCAGUUGUUGAUUUGCCCAGCAGAGUUCCACCUGGAUUCCAUGCCUUAUUUGUCACAGAGGAACAACUGCAAGAACAAGCAAAACUCUGAAUUGUAAAUCUUUCUGGAAGGGACAAAGAUUCAGCAGUUAAUGUACUCCCAAGUUUCCAUCAACUUAUGUAUUUGCACAAUCUUUCGUACAUUAGAAGAAACAUUCACCAUCUUGUUUUAGUAUUGUACUUUCUCUUAAUUGUGUUUUAACUUAUUUUGUCAUCCCUUUGCGUACUGUAUUAUAUGAAAGCUUAUUAUAUGAA